AUGUCGUUGUAUUCUAUAACAUUUAUAUUUAUAUGGUUAUCAUUGUUAUGUAAUCUAGUCAAUGCUGAUAAUCUUGGAGGAUAUAUUGGUGGAAGUAUUGGUGGACUUAUUAUAUUAAUUCUUGAUAUUAUUGCUAUUGUUGAUGUUCUUGGAACACCUCGUAGUAUACUUGGAAAAUUACUUUGGAUAUUAUUAAUUAUACUAUUUCCUAUUGGUGGUUUGAUUAUCUGGUUACUUUGUGGACGAAAAACAACUCCAGUUAUUUGA